AUGCUAGCAUAUCUUGAUUCGUCAUCUGGGAUAAAGACAAUUAUAUCCAAACUACCAUACAGUUUACAAGAAAAGUGGACUAAUAGAGCUGUGAAAUAUAAGAAGGAACACAGUGCUAUAUUUCCUCCAUUUCAAGUCUUUGUGGAAUUCAUAAAGGAUAUAAGCAAGGCGAAGAAUGACCCAGGAUUCAACUAUGUAUCAGACACAAGCAGCACCAACAAAUUUGCUGCUCCAAAACUAUUAAGUUAUGCAAGAAACAAGGUCAAUGUGAACAAGACAGGUGUUGACGUAACUGCUCCACUUGAACGUUGUAUCAUCCACAAAACCAAACAUACUCUAGACGACUGUAGAGGAUUCCGGUCAAAGUCGGUAGAGGAAAGGAAGAGACUCUUGAAAGAAAACAACGUAUGCUUCAGAUGUUGUGCUUCUAACACUCACAAAAGUCGUGAAUGCAAUGCUGUUAUCUCAUGCAAGGAAUGUGGAAGCAAGCAUUAUACAACCGCUCUGCACCUUACCAGAAAUGACAAAGUGGUUUCUAUGGAUUCUAAGGCAACUCAUCAAGCGAAUGGCGGGGAGGAAAACAAAUGCACUCCUAAUUCAUCAUUAAAGGAGAACGGCGGGGAGUCAAGGGGUAACAUCAGGUCCAACAAUGUGUCAGAGGUCAACUCAAGCUGCACUGAGAUAUGCAGAGAACCUUACAGUGGAAAGUCAUGUGCCAAGAUCUUGCCAGUUCAUGUGUUUCAUCGUGACAAUCCACACAAGUCGGUGAAGAUGUACGCAGUAAUUGAUGAUCAGAGCAACCGCUCAUUAGCCUCCCCAGAAUUCUUUGAGUUGUUUUGUGUGAAGGAUAAACCACAGAACUACACUAUAUCAACCUGUUCUGGCAAAGUUGUAACUUCUGGAAGAAGAGGAAAGGGGUUCAUUGUUAGAUCGAUAGAAGGCAAUGUAGACUUUGAGCUACCAACCUUGACUGGGUGCGACCAUAUACCAAACAAUCGAGAUGAAAUGCCAACACCUGAAGUCACACUUCAUCAUGAACAUCUCACAGAAAUUGCUUGGAACCUUCAACCACUUGAUGAAGAAUGUCACAUUCUUUUGCUGAUAGGACGCGAUUUGAUAGAGACCCAUCAUGUUCUACAUCAGAUCUUUGGUCCUCUGAAAGCUCCUUAUGCACAACAACUCAAACUUUGCUGGGUUGUCAUCGGAGAAACUUGUCUCAACAUGCAAGAUGCCUCACGUGAUCUAAGUGUUAAGAACCUUUCCCUUCUACCAACUGGUCAGCCUUCAGCUAUGGAGCCAUGCAGCAACAAGUUUGAGGUACGGAAACUUGUAGUUCAGUCUUUGUCUGAUGAGUCGCAGCUAUUUAUCAGGACAAAGGACGACGAUGAACAAGGCAUGUCAAUAGAGGAUAAAGUGUUCUUGCAACAGAUGGAUAGUGAAUUUAUCAGAGACUCUUCAGGAAGUAGGGUGGCCCCACUGCCCUUUCGGGAGAAUCGACAGCAGUUACCGAACAACAAACAGGAAGCCGUUCAGCGUGCUAAACUUCUUGAUGUAAGCCUUAAGAAGAACCCUGUGAAAAAAGGACACUUUCUUACAUUCAUGGCUAAGAUUCUGGACAAUCAUCAUGCAGAAGUUGCCCCAAAGUUGUCUGAUGGAGAUGAAUGUUGGUUUCUGCCCCUAUUUGGUGUUUAUCAUCCCAAAAAAACCCAGAUCAGAUUAGGGGCGUGUUCGACUCAUUGGCUAAAUUUGAGGGAGUUUCCCUAA